UUGCUAUUGAGGGAGUGCAGCGUAGGUUCACAAGGUUAAUUCCCGGAAUGGCGGGACUGUCAUAUGUUGAAAGAUUGGAGUGACUGGGCUUGUAUACACUGGAAUUUAGGAUGAGAGGGGAUCUGAUUGAAACAUAUAAGAUUAUUAAGGGAUUGGACACGCUGGAGGCAGGAAGCAUGUUCCUGCUGAUGGGUGAGUCCAGAACUAGAGGCCACAGUUUAAGAAUAAGGGGUAGGCCAUUUAGAACAGAGAUGCUGAAAAACUUUUUCACCCAGAGAGUGGUGGAUAUGUGGAAUGCUCUGCCCCAGAAGGCAGUGGAGGCCAAGUCUCUGGAUGCAUUCAAGAGCGAGUUAGAUAGAGCUCUUAUAGAUAGCGGGGUCAAGGGAUAUGGGGAGAGGGCAGGAACGGGGUACUGAUUGUGUAUGAUCAGCCAUGAUCACAGUGAAUGGUGGUGCUGACUAGAAAGGCCGAAUGGCCUACUCCUGCACCUAUUGUCUGUAUACACACACACACACACACACGGAGGGACGUUGCUGGCACUUGAGGACCUGAGUCAUAGGGAAGGGUUGAAUAGGUUAGGACUUUAUUCCUGGAGUGUAUGAGAAUGAGGGGAGAUCUGAUACACAAUUAUGAGGGGUAUAGAUAGGGUAAAUACAAGCAGACUUUUUCCACUGAGGUUGGGUGAGACUAGAACCAGAAGUCAUGGGUUAAGGGUGAAAGGUGAACUAUUAAGGGGAAUUCCUUCACUCAGAGGGUGGUGAGAGUGUGGAACGAGCUGCCAGUGGAUGUGGGUUCGAUUGCAACUUUGAGAAGUUUGGGUAAGUAUGUGGAUGGGAGGAGUACAGUCCGGAUAUAGGCCGAUGGGACAGGACAGAAUGAGGUUGACAUGGACUAGAUGGGCUGAAGGGCCAGUGCCCAUGCUGCGGUCUCUGUGACUCAGUACAGGAUCGGGGUGUGUGCUGCUACAGUUCCAUCUACUGAUCCACAUUGAAAGAGGAACCACACACUGACUCAAGACAUUGUGGGUAAGUGACACAACACUUGUGCACCAAAUCUCCGCAGUUUCAACAACUUCGGCACCCUGCAGUUCUCACAGAGAAGGAAGUCAUUUCAUAACCAGGAACUGUUGUGCAGAUCUACACUGCUGGAACCAUGGUGCCCAGAGAGCGGCUCCCUCGUCUGCUCGUCUUGUUACUGCAGGCAAUGCAACUCCACACAGCAGGUGUGGCCGCAGAGGUAUGCACUGUAACAGUUGACCAGGCUCCUCACAUUGUUCAUCAGCUGGACAACAACCUGACCAUCUCCUGUAAUUUCACCACCCAUCACUGCAUUGGGUCUCCCGUGGUCACCUGGUUCAGUAUCCACGGCAGCAAGUCCACAAACCAGUGCUUGGAUCACUGCACGUUUGAGGAGGAAAAAGACAAGCCCCACUCGGACAGCUCAACCCAGAGCUGGGUCGCAAACCUGAGUAUCUCGAGGGUCAGCUGGAAGGACAGCGGUGUUUACUACUGUGGUAUGGCAUACCCCAACAUCUCUGGGCAGCCCAGGCUGAUGGGAAAUGGUACAACACUGAGGAUUGGAGGUCAGGAGAGAUCGAUUCUGUGGCUCCAGUCACUAAUGGUCGGCAUCCUGUCCCUCUACGCCAUCUGUAUCACCGUUUACCUCGUGCAAACCCUCCAGUUGCUGAAGAGUGUCGAUCUCGUGCGUAGAAACCCCAGCGAAGUUCUGGACAAGGCACACACGAGUCGUGCGGUAAAAGCCCUCACCAAUGAGCUCAACUACAAGUUCCGCAAGGGGAGUGAUGAACCCCCUUCUCAGCCACAGCUGCAGAGCCACAGUGCUGCCCCUGACGAUUCCAUCUAUCAGAACAUGUGACACCCAGAAGACAGAGCAUCCAGCCAAGAAUCGGUUAAAGUUUAACUGGCUCCAGGCCAAGCAAGCUUCCCCUCGUCCCCUCUGCCGAGGUGCCAGGGAAGGUCACGGCUUUGCCUCGGACAAUCCCAUCUGGACGCAGCGGCUGAACCUGGACCAGGACCUGACAGCUCCCUCCCCUGAGGUACAGGCACCCUGAUGCCCUGCUCCUGUGAAUACCAACCCCACUUCUUUGCCCACUCUCCGAAUCGUUCCCCAGAUACACUGCCUGCACCUCCACCCAUCAUCUGCAAAAUUGGCCACAAAGACAUCUACAUCAGCUCCCACCCAAAGCCUCAUCGACCCAACGACCACAAGAGCCCACCCACGCACUCCCUCCCCCUACAAAAUGCACCGCUGUCCCUCAGCCAGGCUACUGCAACAAACCCUCACAGGCCCAGGAAUACCGCCUCCGGCACAGACACUGGCUCCCUGUCACACACAGUCCCCACUUGGAACUGCUCCCUCUCCAAGUUCAGAUCAAGGGCCCCCCCCCCCCCAUCAGAGGGGAACUGCACCCAGGCAGACUCCAGAGGACAGUAAUCCAUGCUCUGGAAUACACCUCCUGCCCUCACCACAGGCAGAGGGCUUUGCACCCACCUCCCCAUUAUCAGAUAACUGGGACCGGUCUUCGCUCGGACACUAAUCCACAGGCCAGGCUCGAUUCCCGCACCAACAGCACUCGGAAUACCAACACGUUGGAACCAGCCUUCUGGAUUGUGUUUUCAAUACAGCUCCAUCAACUGGCGAGACCUCAUCCGAGUCUCAUCAGCUGCCAAAGUGUAACGCUCAAUAAAUGUCUGUCAGUCUUAGACAAUAUAAAAACUGUUGUACAAAAGCUCAUUAAAAUAUUUAAGAUUAGAACUUUUGAACUGACUGAAUCAAAUCAAGCAGGUUCAUGCAA